GUGUCGUCGCGGGACGAGUGCUAAUAAAGUUUUUUUUCUUUCUCGCUCUCAGGCUCCCCGACCCUCCUCAAGUACCGCGAGAUCUCGCGGUGCGGUUACGAUGGCGGCGGCGUUUGAAGCCGCAGCAGCAGCAGCCGUAGCGACCGAGGAGACCGCUGUGCCCGCGGAGCAUGUGGCCGCACCCGUCUCGGAGCCCACCCCCGGGCCGGUGCGGAGCCUACGGAUGGCCCACGACAUCAGUGGCCCGCGGACCCGCACGGGGGACGUGCUGCUGGCGGAGCCCGCCGACUUCGAGUCGCUGCUGCUGUCGCGGCCGGUGCUGGAGGGUCUGCGGGCGGCCGGCUUUGAGCGGCCCUCCCCGGUGCAGCUCAAGGCCAUCCCGCUGGGGCGCUGCGGGCUCGAUUUAAUUGUUCAAGCCAAGUCUGGCACGGGGAAAACGUGUGUCUUCUCCACCAUUGCUUUGGAUUCUCUUGUUCUUGAAAACUUAAGCACCCAGAUUUUGAUCUUGGCUCCUACGAGAGAAAUCGCUGUGCAGAUACAUUCUGUGAUCACCGCCAUCGGCAUAAAGAUGGAGGGCUUAGAGUGCCACGUCUUCAUUGGCGGGACUCCACUGUCUCAGGACAAAACCAGACUUAAAAAGUGUCAUAUCGCCGUCGGAUCUCCCGGCAGAAUUAAACAACUGCUGGAACUGGACUACUUGAACCCAGGCAGUAUACGCCUCUUCAUUCUGGAUGAGGCAGAUAAGCUUUUAGAAGAAGGCAGCUUCCAGGAGCAAAUAAAUUGGAUUUACUCUUCCUUGCCCGCCAGUAAGCAGAUGGUGGCCGUGUCGGCUACUUACCCGGAGUUUUUGGCUAAUGCUUUGGCGAGGUACAUGAGAGACCCCACUUUCGUGAGACUGAACUCGAGCGACCCAAGUCUCCUAGGUUUGAAGCAGUACUAUGCGGUUGUCAGCUCCUACCCUUUGGCCCAUAAGAUUUUCGAGGAGAAGGCUCAGCACCUGCAGGAGCUGUUCAGCAGAAUUCCGUUUAAUCAGGCCCUGGUCUUCUCUAAUUUGCACAGCAGAGCGAAGCAUUUGGCCGACAUCCUCUCUUCUAAAGGCUUUCCGGCAGAGUGCAUUUCGGGCAACAUGAAUCAGAACCAGCGCCUUGACGCCAUGGCCAAGCUGAAGCAGUUUCACUGCAGAGUCCUCAUUUCCACAGACCUGACUUCCCGCGGCAUUGACGCCGAGAAGGUGAACCUGGUCGUCAAUCUGGAUGUGCCGUUGGACUGGGAGACCUACAUGCACCGGAUCGGCAGAGCCGGCCGUUUCGGGACCUUGGGCCUGGCAGUGACCUACUGCUGCCGGGGAGAAGAGGAAAAUACGCUGAUGAAAAUCGCCCAGAAGUGCAAUAUCAACCUUCUGCCGUUACCAGACCCCGUCCCCCCGGGCCUGAUGGAAGAGGGUCUGGAUUGGGACGUGGAGGUGACAGCAGCCGUGCACACACACGGCUUCUCGAGCGCACCCAGCCAGACCCUCACAAAGCAGAUUCAGAGAACAGAGAGGACCUCCCAGACGCAGAAAGCUCAUGGUAACCACGUGGCUUCUGGUAGAAACACCUCCGUCUCUGCGCUGUCGGUCAAAUCAAAACCCGCCACCAAACCAAGGCUCCCUGCGAGAAGCCACUCGGAGGGCGGACUCCUAGAGAAGGCAGCCUCGCCCCCGGCCCCAGGCCACGCCGUCCACCCGGAGGAGCAGAGGGAGGGUUCCGCUGGGACUGCUGCUGAGAGCUGCAGCGGUGGCCAGCGCCAGGCCAAGGAGGACUCGGCAGUGUCGCUCCCCCAGAUUCCUUGUCUGUCGGCCUUUAAACCCCGCCCGCCGCGCAUGCUGACUUUCUCGGAGCUGGUGGAGGACUACGAGCACUACGUUAGGGAGGGGCUGGAGAAGCCCGUGGAAAUCAUCAGGCACUACACGGGUCCUGGGGACCAGCCUGCGACCCCUCGGAACGGCUUUGUGAGGAGCCGGGUUCCUGACGAGAGGGUGCAGGCACUGGUGAGUAGCAGCCAGUCCGGGGACUCAGAGAGCGACAGCGACUCCUCCAGCUCACGGACGUCUUCCCGGAGCGUGGGAAACAGGGCGCACACGGGAGGCUCUUCCGAUGCCCAGCCGAAGGGCUCGGCGCCCACUCCUGCGGACGAGCGUGUCUCUUCGGAGCGGCCCCUGAGUGGAAAUGACGCCCCUAAUCCAGGAGGGCGUCAGGGGUCGCCUGAAGUCCCGGUGAGGGCGAGGCAUGCCGCGGGGGCCGCCCAGAGAGCUAAGCAGGGCCGGAGAAGCCAAACGAGGCGGCCUUCCCACCGCUCGCAGGCAGAACCCCCGGAGGAGGAGUGGUGUGGCCGCCAGGGGGAGGGCCGCGCGGGCUUUCCCGGGGCCUGUCAGGACUACGAGGAGUACUGGAAGGCCUACUACCGGGCGUGGCACGACUACUACGCCGCCGCCUCCCAGUCGUAUUACUGGAACGCGCAGAGGCAUCCGGGCUGGAUGGCGGCUUACCACAUGAACGCCGUUUAUCUGCAAGAAAUGAUGCGUGGCAACCAGUGACGGUGGGCCGUGCCUCGGACCGCCUGGAGGUGCCACUGAUGGGACCUCGGGUAGCCAUCCUCCUCGACCUACAGGAGAGGGGCAGGGAGGAACUUGAAACGUCUUAAGGCUUUUUGCUGAGAUACGUUUAUUUUUCAGAUUGUUUUGACCUACCAAGUAUAUUACCUAUUUUUAAGAGACUUCAUGGGUCAGAUUCUUGAGAGACGUGUUUUGGGACUAAGAGCUAAAGAUGCCGGGGUGCCGUCUUCUGUCGGCUGUUCCACGCAGAGACGUUUGAAAAGACAUAUUACUUACUGCUUGCUUGAAAAAAUAAAAAGUGU